AUGACUGCUCCCGGGUUUGCUUUUGACUGUAUGCUGAAGUAUACCAAGGUCAAAUUAUCAAGGCUAAUGGAUUAUGACAUGUUGCUCCUCUUCGAAAAGUCAAUUAGAGGCGGGAUUUGCCAAUCAACUAAAAGGUAUGUCAAAGCAAACAUACCAAAUAUCGAAGGAUUGGACUUUAAUUCGAAUGAACCGAUCACAUGGAUUACAUAUCUCGACUGUGUGAAUUUGUAUGGGAAGUCUAUGUUAACAGAAUUACCUUUUAAAGAUUUUGAAUGGAUAGACGAUCUCGACAUAGAUGUAACCAAAAUUGCUGAUGAUUCUAAAGUUGGAUAUAUAUUAGAAGUUGAUAUUGAGUAUCCUAAACAUCUUCAUAAAAAUCAUAACGAUUUUCCAUUUUUACCUUUUAAUGAAUGUCCACCAAAUUCGAAAGUUAAAAAAUUACUCACUACACUAUCAUCGAAAAAAAACUAUGUAGUUCAUUAUAAAAAUUUGAAACAGGCGAUCGCGAAUGGUAUUGUAGUAACGAAAAUUCAUAGAGCUAUCCGCUUUUCUCAAAGUAAAUGGAUGGCAUCAUACAUUAAAUUAUGUACAUCUAUGAGAGUACUAGCUAAAAACGAGUUUGAGAAGGAUUUCUGGAAGUUGUUAAUUAAUAGCGUUUUUGGUAAAUGUAUGGAGAAUGUUCGAGCAAGAACUUCUAUAAAACUGGUUUCUUCAGAAAAAAAAGCAAGGAAAUUAAUGGCAAAAACUAGUUUUAAAGACAGAACUAUAUAUUCCAAGAAUCUCAUGGCCAUUCAUCAGCAUAAAGAGACAAUUAAAUUCGAUAAGGCAAUUUAUGUAGGAUUUGCAAUUUUAGACGUUUCGAAAACAUUUAUGUAUGACUUCCAUUAUAAUGUCAUGAAGAAAAGGUAUGGUACUAAAAUUAGUUCUUUAUAUUCGGAUACUGAUUCUUUAAUAUAUGCUAUCCAAACAACAAAUUUUUUUGACGAUUUAAAAAAUAGUUUAUUACCAUAUUUUGACACAUCUAAUUAUCCUAAAGACCAUUGUUGUUUUAGUGAAAUUCAUAAGAACCAGCCAGGGUUUUUUAAGGACGAAAUGAAAUCAAUUAUAAUUAAAGAAUUCGUAUCAUUAAGACCUAAAUUAUAUGCCUAUAAAACUGUAGAUGGUACUGAAAAAAAAAAGGCAAAAGGUGUAAAGAAAUAUAUAAUUAAAAAUCACAUGCAAUUUAAUAAUUAUAUGGAUAUACUAAACGCCUUUAUAAACCAUAGAACUCUCAAGGAUGAACAAACUCAUAGAAAAAUGAAUUUUAUCCAAUCAAAUAAACAUGUUGUUCAUUCGAAAACAAUGAACAAACUUGUUCUAAGCGCAAACGAUGAUAAACGUUAUAUAAUGGAUGACAGGAUUAAUACUUUAGCUUAUGGUCACUAUAAACUUAAUGGUUUAUUAUAA